AUAUCGCAGGUGACUGGCUGUCCUACUCCAACGGUCAAUAUUGCAUAUACGCUAUUCACCCUAGGUGGGAGCUAUGGAAAUUUGCAUCUCGCCCAAAUACUACCUCUCGGGGUUUCCGCCCCAUCCGGUGUCAUAAGUGGAAUACCAAGUGGAAUAAGUGGAGGCAACAAUUUCAACUUAUAAGCCUUGCCCACCACCCCGCCCUUCUCCUCAUCCAUCAGAGAAGUUGUGUACAAAGCCCAGAGAAAGUGUGGGCUUUGUUGAUUUCAUGAUGUUGGGCCCAUCAUUCCUACCAGUUGCUUUAACUGCCUUGUCAUGUGUGGAUGCCCUCUCGCUACACAGACGCGAUACUCCGGCCACCAUCGAGCUGCCUAUUGAGCGUAGGCAACAUGCCGGGGGACUGAAGAAAAGAGAUUCGACGCUGAACUUGCCACUUAUCAACUACUAUGACAGUUUUUAUAUCCUAAACCUGACGCUGGGAACGCCAGCGCAGCAAUUUGCGGUCGCUUUGGAUACUGGCAGCAGUGACCUCUGGGUAAAUGUCGCCAACUCGUCCUAUUGUUCAUCCCGGACGGAUCCGUGCAAACCUUUUGGCCUGUACGACCCCGACGCAUCCUCGACAUACAAGAGCCUGGAUGUUGAUUUCAAUGCAACCUACGGCGAUGGCACAAACGCCUACGGUUACUAUGCCACUGAUAAACUCGGUCUGGGUGAUGUGCACGUUGAUGAUAUGCAAUUUGGCGUUGCCGAAUCUACUACGAUCACACAGGGUAUCGUCGGUGUAUCUUAUGACACUCUCACCGACGAAGCUACAUCUGAAGGCAAAACAUACGCCAAUCUCCCCCAAGCUCUGGUCAAUAGUGGGGCCAUUAAAUCGCCCGCCUACAGCCUGUGGCUAAAUGAUCCCCAAGCGAGUCGUGGGUCUAUACUCUUCGGCGGCGUUAACAAGGCCAAGUACAAAGGCGAACUCCAGACUAUCCCCAUCGUGCGCACUAUUAGAGGGUAUUCCUAUCUAGCCGUUACCUUGACCGGCUUUUCCGUGGAACACGGCAAGGAGUCCGAUGACUACUCCACUCAGAUGCCUAUAGUGGUGCUGCUUGAUUCGGGUACCACCUUGACAUAUCUGCCCGACUCGCUCGUCGAGGAGCUCUACAAAAAGUUCGACGCUACCUUCCUUGAGGACGAUGGACUAGCAUAUGUUGACUGCGACCUCAUGGAAAAGGAUUAUACCGUGAAUUUCGACUUCUCCGGCGCCACCAUCUCCGUCGGAAUUAGUGAGCUGGUUCUUAACGCGGUUGCCGAGGACUUCCCUGAGGGAACCUGCGCCUUCGGUGUUGUCCCCGGCGGAGACGGCCUGGACGCUAUGUAUAUCUUGGGAGACACCUUCCUCCGCAGCGCCUACGUCGUAUAUGACCUCGGUAACAACGAGGUCUCUCUUGCCAACACGAACUUCUCUCCCGGUAAAGAUGACAUUCUGGAGAUCGGCACCGGCACCAGUGCCGUGCCCGGCGCCACCCCGGUGGAGUCCCCUGUCACCUCGGCUACCGUUGCAUCCGCCACUGAUAUUCUCCAUACCGUCACGGUGGGUGGCACGAAAGCCACUGCUACUAGCUCGAAUUCUGGUGCCGCUGAGACCUCAUCCUCGAGCGGCAUGGCAGCCUUACCCACCGGCAACACGAGACAUCUUCUCUCUGGCCUCGCGGGUGCUGGUCUUCUUCUUGCCUUGUAAUGAUUUUUCUUUUUGGCUGGAGGAUGCAUACUGGAUUGUUACUGACCUUAUAGAUUGCAUGAUUAAUAGCCGUUGAAGUUGGAGAUAUCGCAUUGUAUA